AGUGGCGACACUGCUGAUAGGCGUGUCAUCCCGUGCGUCACCUGUCAUUCUUGUCAAAAUGUGUUUAUGAAAAAAUUUAACUAAAAACUCUCAUCAUGUUUUGAAUCUCAAGAACGCACAAAAUGCCCGCAAUGAAGGACUCGUACAUCGUAAAAAUCGCGGUCGAGAUGACCGACCAAGUGCCGCAACUCAUCGAAUUCAACCAAAAGCAGCCCCUCGCCGGCAUAAUCCAAGAACUGUGCAACGGCUGGAAUCUCAGCGAUCCUGAACAAUACGCCCUCCAAUUCAACGACAGCAAUAACCGAAAUUACAUAACGGAAAAAAACCGCAAUGAGAUCAAAAACGGCUCGGUGUUGCGCCUCCAAUACUCCCCCUCGAAGACAGCCCAGGAUAUCCUCCACAAACUACACAACGGCAAUCCCGAGGAAAAGGCACACGCGAUGCACCGUUUAUCGAAUCUGAGCGCCGACAUGACUUUCGCUUUGGAUUUCAUCAACAAGCAAGGACUGACUUUGAUUAUUAAACAAAUCGAGACUGGUAAGUGCAAGGGGGCUGUCUUAGCCCACACUUUACUGUCUUUCGUCGAACUGAUGGAACACGGGAUUGUCUCAUGGGAUAUUCUCAACGGUGAUUUCAUAACCCGCGUUGCGAGUUUCGUGAAUUCGCCCCAAGAGGCCGAAGUCACUCAAGCCGCUCUCUCGAUCCUAGAAAACGUCGUUUUGAACAGUACCGAGGGGUAUGGGCAGGUGGAGCGCGAGAUACCUAUUGGGUCGCUCGUGGGGCACCUCCAGGCGACUCCUGUGGUCCAACAAAACGCCAUAGCUCUCAUAAAUGCGUUACUCCUAAGGGCCGAUUCGGCCAAACGCAGGUCUUUGGCAUCAACUCUCACUUCCAAACAAGUGAGGAGUAUGAUUCAGAAUCAUAUUUUGCAAACGGGGGCCGCUUUAGGGGCCGAAAUGGCCCACCAAUUGUACGUUUUGCAGACUUUAAUGUUGGGGUUGCUUGAACAGAGAAUGGUCACUAAGAUGGAUCCGCAGGAUCAGGAUGGCCACGAUAAGAUAAAGGAGUUGCGGAGGAUUGCGUUUGAUAGUGAAGGGGCUGGGGGGAGUCGAGGACCGGGGGGGUUCACUCGAGAUUAUAAAAAACUAGGCUUCAAAAAUGAUAUUAAUCCGGCGCUGGAUUUCACUGAGACGCCUCCCGGAUUAUUGGCUUUAGAUUGUAUGAUUUAUUUCGCCCGGAAUCAUCCCGAUAGUUACACUAAACUUGUCCUGGAGAAUAGUUGUAGGGCUGAUGAACAUGAGUGCCCCUUUGGAAGGGCUAGUGUCGAGUUGGUCCGGAUUUUAUGCGAGUUGCUCAAAAUUGGGGAAGCCCCUUCGGAACAAGGAGCCUCCUUUCAGCCGUUGUUUUUCACUCAUGAUAACCCCUUCGAGGAGUGUUUUUGCAUCUGUAUUGUGUUAUUGAACAAGACGUGGAAGGAGAUGAGGGCUACUUCGGAGGAUUUCGGGAAAGUAGCGAGUGUCGUAAGGGAGCAAAUAGUGCGGGCUUUGGGGGUCCCCCCGCCAUCGUCGUUAGAACAGCUGAAAGUGAAAUUGCAGACUUUGACCUACAGUGACAUCACUCAAUUAUGGCAAUUGGAGCGGACGUCGAGGGAAGAGUGGGAAUCCCACGCGCGCCCUAUAGUCGAACUCCGCGAACAAAUCACUCCCGAUAUUCUCAAUUUGAUAAAACAGCAACGUCUCGCGUUCCUCGUCGAUGGGACAAGAUUUACCAAAUACUCGGCUCGGGGGCAAAGGAUUAAGGAUAAGUUUUGGUACAUCCGUCUCAGUCCCAAUCAUAAGGUCCUUCAUUACGGGGAUUGUGACGAGAAGAGUUCUCCUACCACCGAGGAGCUUCCGUCGAAGUUAGCUGUGGCGGAUAUAAGGGCUCUUUUGGUCGGAAAGGAGUGUCCACAUAUGAAAGCAAGGAAGGCUUCGCAUCAAUUGGCGUUUUCUUUGGCUUUGGAAAGUGUGGAUUUGCAGUCGUUGGAUUGCGUGGCGCCGGAUGAGGAGACCUUUGCGUAUUGGACGGAUGGGAUUAAUGCACUGUUGGGACAAAGGAUGACGAGUAAGGAGACGGAUCGGGAUUUGGAUACGUUGCUCUCAAUGGAGAUUAAGUUGAGGUUGUUGGAUGCGGAAGGGGUGACGAUUCCGCAAGAUCCGCCCCCGAUUCCACCGGAUCCGGCGCAUUAUCAUUUUUGUUAUGAUCUGAAAUAGGCCUGUAAUGGGAUUUUGGGAUCUGAACAAGACUAAUUAUACCAAAAAUUGAGAUAUUUAUUAGUUUGUAACUAAUUUUUAGAGACGUGGUAUACAUGUGAGCUAAUAUUUGUGUAUUUUGCAUGAAAUAAAGACUUAUUUAUAAGA